ACAAACAUGCAUUGCGCAUACAUGAGCCUUUCCUCAAAGUCCCACGUGUUUAUCAAGUAGAGGCUAGAGAGUGCAUCGAGUGAAGCGAGAUAGAUAGAAAGACAGUGUGGCCUAGCGGGACCGUUGGAAACCCACCAGUUUCCAUGACUUGUUCCGCUAUCCUCAACGGUAUUGUUACCAGAACCCGAAUUCGUGACCCUGAUUCGCUCCGUACCCGAAACCCGCACCGCUCUGUCCCUCAUUUCCUCCAUUUUGAUUCUUCUACUAGAGCCAACGUCGAUGGGAAUUGCAGGCUUGGUCCCAGGAAACGACGACGUUGUGUGCCCCGAAUUGCCUGCUCUCUUCAGCUCCCUCUUCUUCCCUUUAACAUCAACGAGGUUCUUGUUCCAUCUGAGAAGAAGACGCUACAUUUAUAUGAAGCGAGAUAUUUAUCUCUGCUUGAUGAGUCUUUAUUAAGAAAGAAGAAGCUUUUUGUGCAUUUUGUGUUGGAUCCCAUUGCAAUCAGUGAAUCAUCUGGUGAAGCAUCAUUCGCUGCUAGAUAUGGUUGUUUGGUUCUUAUAGAAAACGUUGAACGCUUAGAUGUUGGAGCGUUAGUCUCUAUAAGGGGCAUUGGUCGUAUCAAGAUUCUGAAAUUCGUGCAGGCAGAUCCUUUCAUAAUAGGUGAAGUCAUACCGAUGCAGGACAUGAUGCCUGACAGUUUAAGCAAAGUAAGCUCAAAAGUUAUGGAAGUAAGGGAAGCAAUGUACAGUUUGAAUAGCUUGGAGAUCAAACUGAAGGCUCCCAAUGAAGCAUUGUUGCAGACUAAUAUUACAAACUCUUUGUUGUGGGCUGAAAGGGAACCAUCAUUUGAGUGUGAUAAAGCUUUCAUUCCAUCCGCAGCUGAGUGUGUAUCCUUUGCAGCGCUCCAACCUAUUACAGGAUCUACUCAAUCAGAACUGCUGAAGUUGCAACGACAGAAGCUAAGGGCCAUGGAUCUUAAAGACACGCUUCAAAGGCUUGAACAUUCCCUAGAAAUAGUUAAGGAGAACAUUUCCAUGGUAGCAGCCAAGCUCGCUAUACAAUCAUUAGAGAUGCAAUAAGCCUUGUAACUUCAUAUUACAGCUUCUGCUGCCUCCCAAAAACUAGACAUUCCCUUUACUUGCAAUAGUAUUGUACAGAAAAAAGAAAAAAAAAGAAAAA